GUGGUCACGAAACAGAUAAGGCAAGCCACGAAAAUUUCUUCCCUGACACAGUUCGCUUCCCACCCCACCCAUACCAUACUAUCAUUCCGUGCAAGAAAUUCAAAAGCAUUACAUGAAUUUGUGAUAAUAAAAUUAAAAUAUAUUAUCGAAUAAGUUGAGUUGAGUGAUUCAGCAUGGCCAUGGCCAUGGCCACCACUACCAUGCCCUUUCAAACAACAUCACGCGUACUCACCACAACCAACUUCCUCUUCUCCUCCAAUCUCAAACCUUCUCGGUUCUUCCAUUUCCAUUCAAAACGCUUCGUUUUGACGCCGAGACUUGCGGUGAAAGCUUGCGCGACGAAUGUUGAAGAGAAGAACGUUGCUGCAAUAUCAGGAGAAUGGGGGAAGGUUUCUGCUGUGUUGUUUGAUAUGGACGGUGUGCUCUGUAACAGUGAGGAACCUUCUAGGAGAGCUGGUGUCGAUGUGUUCGCUGAGAUCGGCGUUCCAGUCACUGUCGACGAUUUUGUGCCAUUCAUGGGAACUGGAGAAGCAAACUUUUUGGGAGGUGUUGCCUCUGUUAAGGGAGUUAAAGGAUUCAAUCCUGAAGCUGCAAAAAAGAGGUUCUUUGAAAUAUAUCUGGACAAGUAUGCAAAGCCAGAUUCUGGAAUAGGAUUUCCAGGUGCCCUUGAACUAAUUUCUCAGUGUAAAAGCCGUGGGCUUAAAGUGGCUGUUGCAUCUAGUGCUGAUCGUAUAAAGGUUGAUGCAAAUCUAGCUGCCGCUGGUUUACCAUUGUCAAUGUUCGAUGCAAUCGUUUCUGCAGAUGCUUUUGAGAAUUUGAAACCUGCUCCUGAUAUUUUCCUAGCUGCGUCGAAGAUAUUGAAUGUACCCCCCAGUGAGUGUAUUGUUAUAGAAGACGCACUAGCUGGAGUGCAAGCUGCCAAAGCUGCACAAAUGAGAUGCAUAGCAGUAAGGACCACAUUAUCAGAUGAAGCUUUGGAGUCUGCUGGCCCAACUUUUAUCCGAGAUGACAUAGGAAAUGUUUCACUGGAUGAUAUUCUCAAUGGUGAUUCAGUUGGAUCUAAUGAGAGGAUGCAGGGCUCCAAAACUCCAAAUAAUUUUGCUGAGUAUUCAUCUGCUGUGCUAGAGGGAAAAAUAGAUAAUGGAGUUCGAAGAACUACCAGUGGUACUGACGAGGAAAUUCUCUCAACUGGAGGGUUGCAGGGUUCACGGCGAGAUAUAUUGAGAUUUGGAAGCCUCGGGAUUGCUAUCUCUUGCCUAGCCUUCACCUUAAAUAACUGGAAGGCAAUGCAAUAUACUUCUCCCCGAGCUGUUUGGAAUCUGUUGUUUGGUGUUACCCAGCCACCCAUGGAAUAUAAAGCAGGUAGCUCAAGAUCCGAUAGGAUUCAGCAAUUUGAGAACUACAUAGCUGAUCUGGAGAGCAGGGAAAAUGCUCAGCUUGUUCCAGAAUUCCCGUCUAAACUUGAUUGGCUGAAUACAGCUCCGCUUCAGUUUCAAAGGGAUCUGAAAGGAAAAGUUGUUCUGCUUGAUUUCUGGACUUAUUGUUGUAUAAAUUGUAUGCAUGUGUUGCCAGACCUAGAUGUUUUGGAGAAAAAAUACAAGGAUAUGCCGUUCAUUGUUGUGGGUGUUCAUUCUGCAAAGUUUGAUAAUGAAAAAGAUUCCGAAGCCAUCCGCAAUGCGGUUCUACGCUACGACAUCACUCACCCGGUUGUCAAUGAUGGAGACAUGUACUUUUGGCGGAAGUUGGGCAUUAAUUCAUGGCCAACAUUUGCUAUCAUUGGUCCCAACGGUAAGCUCCUUGCCCAACUUGCCGGAGAAGGUCACAAGAAGGAUCUUGAUGAUUUUGUGGCGGCGGCACUUCUAUUUUAUGGAAAACAGAACAUGUUGGACAAUACACCGAUUACAUUAAAUUUAGAGAAAGAUAAUGAUCCUCGCCUAUUGACAUCACCAUUGAAGUUUCCUGGAAAGCUAGCAAUUGAUGUCCUCAACAACAGGCUUUUUAUUUCUGACAGCAAUCACAAUCGCAUAGUGGUCACGAACCUUGAUGGGGAUUUUAUUGUACAAAUUGGGAGCAGUGGGGAGGAAGGUUUGCAGGAUGGUUCCUUUGAUGAAGCCACCUUUAAUCGCCCUCAGGGCCUUGCUUAUAACGCAAAGAAAAAUAUCCUUUAUGUUGCAGACACCGAAAACCAUGCUUUGAGGGAGAUUGAUUUUGCUAAUGAGAAAGUGUCUACUCUUGCUGGAAAUGGGACCAAGGGCUCUGAUUAUAUUGGAGGAGGAAAAGGAGACACUCAGCUCCUUAAUUCUCCUUGGGAUGUCUGUUUUCAUCCAUUUGAAGAAAAUAUUUAUAUUGCCAUGGCUGGCCAACAUCAGAUUUGGGAGCACAAUAUAUUGAGUGGAAUUACCAGAGCCUUUAGUGGUGAUGGCUACGAAAGAAAUUUAAAUGGAUCCAGCUCUACAAACACAUCCUUUGCACAACCUUCUGGUCUUUCACUGUCUCAAGAUCUAAGGGAAAUAUACAUAGCUGAUAGUGAGAGUAGUUCAAUUCGAGCUGUUGAUCUGAAAACAGGAGGAUCUCGUUUGCUAGCUGGUGGUGAUCCUCUCUUCUCGGAAAAUUUGUUUAAGCACAAGCAAACCGCUUUUUACUAGGUGGAGUUGAGUGGGGCUGAGUGCAUGGCUCAAUCGGUACUUUUAAGUCUUGUUAUGUAUUAGGUCCAUAAUAAACUCUUAAUGGUUUGAGCUUUCUUUGGUCUCCAUCUACCUCUGACUAAUGGUAUUUGGUCAACCUCUUUGCCGGUGCUCUUACAAGUCUUCUCCAUACAUGCUGCCAUAACCACUUAAG